AUGGAUCCCUGCAGCUGUGCCCUCCUCAAGUCACCGCGCUCGUUCUCACUCAGCUGUCGGCCAGGGAAGAGCGCCGCCAGGGCUCGAGAGCUGCUUUUCCACAGUGUGCGCUACACGACAGUAGAGGAAUACACACUUUCUUUUGAAUUUUUACAACAAAUAUUUGGUCUAGUUUUGAAGCCUCGGGCUACUGGGUGCGUGAGUGACAAGUCUUUGACAAGUGGCCUUAUUCCAACUCCAGAGAUUCCUCAAGCAGAUUCUAAUUUUAUAUACAAUCCUCAGGAGACAGGAAACAUGCCAACCCAAUCCCUCUUGGUGUAUAUGGAUGGACCCGAAGUGAUCGGCAAUUCCCUGGGCACCCAAAUGGAGCUUGAUGACGCCAUGACGAUCAAAGGGGCCGCCGCGGUCCCCUUCCGAGCCGCGCAGGAGAAGAGCAUCGUCCAGAUGGAGGGGUACAUGCCCCUGGACUGCAUGUUCUGCAGCCAGACCUUCACGCGCUCCGAGGACCUCAGCAAACACGUCCUGCUGCAGCACCGGCCCAUCCUCUGUGAGCCUGCCGUCCUGCGCGUCGAAGCGGAGUAUCUCAGUCCUCUGGAUAAAGUUCAGGUGUGCAGCGAGCCUCCCAAGGACAAGAGCUGCAAGGAGAGCGAAGAGCUGAGCUGUGAAGUGUGCGGGCAAACGUUCCGCGUGGCUUUCGACGUCGAGGUCCACAUGAAGAAGCACAAAGACUCGUUCACGUACGGGUGUCACAUGUGCGGCCGGCGGUUCAAGGAGCCCUGGUUUCUGAAGAAUCACAUGCGGACGCACACGGGCAAGUCGGGGGCGAAGAGCAGGCUGCAGCCCGGCCUGGAGAGCCCGGCGACCAUCAACGAGGUGGUGCAGGAGCCCGCGGCCGAGGGCGUCUCCUCGCCGUACAAGAUCUGCAUGGUCUGCGGCUUUCUGUUUCCAAAUAAAGAGAGUCUCAUCGAUCACCGGAAGAUGCACACCAAAGAAGCUGCUUCCGGGCCCCGUGGCCCGCAGACCGAAGCCCCGCAGGAAGGCAUGCCGUCGCCGGGGGCGGAGCUGCUGCAGUUCCUGAACCUGAGACCCGCGUCCCCUGCCGAGAUCGCCAAGAAGCCGGCCAAGUGGAUACCUCAGCUGGACCCGUUCACCACCUACCAGGCCUGGCAGCUGGCCACCAAGGGCAAGGUGGCCGUGUGCCGAGAGGUGAAGGAGCAGCAGCAGCCGGGCCAGGAGGGCAGCACCGACAACGACGAGUCGUGCUCCGACAAGGAGGAGACGAGUAAAAGCGGUUGCCCCGGCCUCUCCCAAGACAAGGAGAAGUCCAGACACCCCCACGGCGAAGUGCCUUCUGUGGACGCGGACCCCAAGUUGGCCAGUAGUAAGGAGAAGCCGACGCACUGUGCCGAGUGUGGCAAAGCCUUCCGGACCUACCACCAGCUGGUGUUGCACUCGCGUGUGCACAAGAAGGAGCGCAGGGCCGACGCCGGCUCGCCCCCCGCCGCUGCCACGGACGGCAGGCAGCCCAGGACAUGCUCCCCGGAGCUGCCGCCCACCCUGGAGGACAGCGGGGCCCUGGACCGGGAGGCUGGGUCCGAAGAUGGCUCCGAGGACGGGCUCCCAGACGGGUUGCACCUGGAUAAAAAUGAUGAUGGAGGGAAAAUGAAGCAUCUUACAUCCUCAAGAGAAUGUAGUUAUUGUGGAAAGUUUUUCCGUUCAAAUUAUUACCUCAAUAUUCAUCUCAGAACGCAUACAGGUGAAAAACCAUACAAAUGUGAAUUCUGUGACUACGCUGCAGCGCAGAAGACCUCCUUGCGGUAUCACCUGGAGAGACACCACAAGGACAAGCAGACGGAUGCUGCCGCGGACGGCAAGAGCGACGGGAGACCCCAGGAGGCGGAGGAUGCACUCCUAACCGCCGACAGCGCGCAAACCAAAAAUUUGAAAAGAUGUUUCGACGGUGCCAAAGAUGUUAAAGGCAGCCCACCCGCAAAGCAACUGAAGGGGAUGGCCCCCGCCUCGCAGAGCGUCCUGGGCGGCGCCCUGCUGGCGGCAGUGCACAGGGAACCUCAGGAUUUCAGCGGGGAUGCAGUGGAUGACGAUGCCGAGAAGCCGAGCAAGGCCCCGGGCCCCGCUUACUUGGACGCCUUGAAGAAGAGGCUGCCCGCGGACCCUCAGGCCAGCCCCCUGGUGUGCAGGACCGAGGCGGCCACGGCAGCCCGCCACGCGCAGCUCGGGCCCCGGGAGAAGCGGGCGGCCGACGCAGGCUGCCAGGAGAAGCCGCUAAACCUGUCCCUCGGCGCCCCGCACGGGGGCGCGGGGGCGCCUCUGGGCAGGAGCGUGACCGCCAGCAGCACCUGCCCGUUCUGCACCUUCAAGACCUUCUACCCGGAGGUGCUGACGAUGCACCAGAGGCUGGAGCACAAGUACCACCCGGACGCGCACAAGAGCUGCCGGGGCAGGGCUGCGCUGCGCAGCCGGCGGACGGGCUGCCCGCCCGCCUUGCUGGGCAAGGACGUGCCCCCGCUGCCCGGUGCCUUCAGGCCCAAGCCGCGGCCCGCCGCCCCGGCGCAACCCAAGCCCGCGCCGGCCGAGCGGCCCGCACCCGGCGCCCAGGGGCCCAGCAGAGCCCCGCCGCCCGCGGGCGCCGACAGCACUUUAGCCCCCAGCAACCUCAAGGCGCUGCGCCCGCUGCCACCGCCCGGCCUCGGGGUUCCGGGGCCCGGUCCUGCCCGCACGCCGCCCGAAGCCCCGCCCUGCAAGGCCGGCCUGGAGAAGGCGCGGCGGCCGGAGCCGCAGCCCGCCGCCGACCCCGCCAGGAACGACGGCCCCUGGGCGCCCGCGCGGGACUACGCGUGCGGCCGCGGUGGCGCCGAGCCGGGGGAGCCGCUGCCCAAGCGGCCGCGGGUCGCGCCGGAGCCGCCCUGCGCGCCGUGCCGCCGGCCGCCCGAGCUGCCGCAGUACCGCGUGGUGCGCGGGCUGGCGUCCCUGCUGCCGCCCGAGUGCCCCUGCGCGCCGCCCGCGCGCCCGCGCCCCGCGCCCGCGCCCGCCUUCGCCGCGCUGCUCCCCUGCGCGCCCGCUGCCGCCGCCGCUCUGGAAGGUACCUUGAAGGUCCUUGUCCCCGCAGAGGCGGUUUUACAGCCCUUGCUGCAUCGGACGUGUCUAGCACACACCCGAGUCUGUGAGAGUAGCUUAAUUCUAAAUGCCCGUUUACGCUUUUUUUUUUUUCUCCAAUCAGGAAAAAGGCCUGUAUCCUAUCAACACUUAUCUAGCAGCAUGCUACAAAAGAGAAACUAUGAGAAUUUUAUGGGGAACGCACAUUAUCGACCAAAUGACAAAAAAACUUGACUUCCUAUUUUGGGGAUGAAAGGUCUUGAUGGAUAUAAAUGUGUACUCUCCAUGAAAUUAAAUUAGUUCAUCCUUUGAAAAAGCAAAUGUUGAAAAGCUACUGAAAUAAGCUGUGAUUGUACUGUGUAUAUAACACAUAAAGGAACACUACGGUUUUGUAAAGUUAACUUUCGUACCAAAUAGCAAUAAAAACUAUAGUUGGAAGAGUUGGGUUGUACACAAAUGGAGACUGGACAUCAUCUGUUUUGCCCCGAAAAAUAUGAUUUUUAGAAUUGACCAAAUAAGAAAUGGAGUUUUUUUUUU